CUCAAUAUUGACAAUGGUGGCCAUUUGCUCUUGUCCGCGCAUAUACCUCGAUUAUGUCAGUCACGAAAGAGAGACCAGGAAAAAGACUGCUCUUGCAGGUAAUAUUUUAUUUACGAGAACCUUUAGAAGAGUCUUCACUUCCUUCCUGCCCUCCUCGUACUAGUCUUAGACAACCUUUUUUAUUCUCACGUCUUGCUGGCUUGUUCUCUGUGCAGGAACGCUACCUCUUCCCAAGCAAAGGCUGUGGACGGACUGCUCAUGCAAUUCUCUGCAGUUGCAAUCCUGAAGGCUUCUUCUAUCUCCCUCCCAGUUUUUCAGCACAAGGGUGGUACCGCUGUGGAGCACUCAGAUUCUGGGCUGCUCUCAGCCGCGUCUGCUCACACAUAACCUUUUCAUUGCAUUCUGUGGAUAUGCAGGCAUCCGAGAGACCAUCGUAAUCCCCUCAAGACCGUGGCUUUCAGGCGCGACUCAACUCUACCAAACCCGUGGCGCUGUCGAACAUUAUGAUGUCAUUUGUUUACAAAUAGCCGACAGAAGGAGGGAGACAUUAUAGGAAGCAAAAAUUAUGCGAAAAAGCCAACGGGAACCUCUGAAGCCGGGAGGGACACGUGCAUUCUCCACGGGGGUGUCGCUCGUGAAACCGGAUGUCUCGCCUUUCCGUUCCUUAUUCCCUUCUUGCGCCGAGAGAGGAGGAUUGUUUUAGUGGCUAGAGAGGACAGUCGCACGUGCUCCUCCAUCACUGGUGGAUUGCCCAGCUGUGUGUUUCACCCAGAGAGACACUGUUCAGUUCCAGGCAUUCAUGUAAGAAGAAACGCAACAUAUGACGGACAGUAUGGGACGCAACAUGAAGUCUCAUGUCGGGAUCGUGGGAAGCAGUGGAGUCAAUGACUGCAGCAGGGUUGGACGUCUCAACGUCGACGUUCCUCACAAGAAAGAUCUGGACAGCGGAACUUUGAAAGGCCAGCACAAGAUGGAGUUCCAACCCAGCUGCAGUCCCAACGAUCGCGAACGUGUCCGGACCAUGAGCGUGAAUUCUGCGUUUCUCGCCCUGCGGACGCUGAUCCCGACGGAACCCAAGGACAGGAGAUUGUCCAAGAUCGAAACGUUGCGUCUCGCCUCCAGAUACAUCGCCCACCUGACAGCCUUGAGACAGGCUUCCAGAAGCAACGACGCGCCUUGUCUGACAUAUCGCAUGGACGGGUUGACGACUGGAAUUCUACAAGCGUCCAGCAUCUGCACCUUCUGUGUGGCACACAGGAAAAUGGCUAGCCGUACGGAAUCCAGGAGGACGGCUUCAACCUGAAGCGUCCAACUUCUUCGAGUCGACAGAUUUCAUUCGAUGUACAUAAAUUCAUUUUGCACUCUUU